CGGUUUGUUUAUGUUCCUGUACUCACUUCCGUGUUUCGAUACUUCCAUGGCUUCUGAGGCCUAGAACCCGAAACUCGAGGAGGCCUGUCGCUUUUGUGUAAAGUUUGAACAUCACACCUUCGGUAUUUCUCCCUCCCAGGAUGAGUGGUAAUCUUACGAGAGUUGAUUCAGUUUUAAGGAUCCAGUCAUGCUGCGAUCAGGAUUUAGACCUGAACGUUUGCGGGUGAACUUGCGACUUGUUAUCAAUAGGCUUAAGCUGCUGGAAAAAAAGAAAACUGAAUUAGCUCAAAAAGCCAGGAAGGAAAUUGCAGAUUAUCUUGCAGCUGGAAAGGAUGAACGGGCUCGAAUCCGUGUUGAGCAUAUCAUUCGAGAGGACUACUUGGUGGAAGCCAUGGAAAUUCUGGAGCUGUACUGUGAUUUGUUGCUUGCACGAUUUGGCAUGAUCCAAUCAAUGAAAGAACUUGACACAGGUCUCAGUGAGUCAAUAUCCACUCUGAUUUGGGCUGCCCCACGGCUACAGACUGAAGUAGUUGAACUCAGAGCUGUUUCAGAUCAGCUCUGUGCCAAAUACAGCAAGGAGUAUGGAAAACUUUGCAGAACAAACCAAAUAGGGACUGUGAACGAGAGGCUCAUGCUCAAGUUAAGUGUUGAAGCACCACCUAAAAUUCUAGUGGAGAGAUACUUAAUUGAGAUAGCAAAGAACUACAAUGUUCCGUAUGAGCCUGAUUCUGUUGUCAUGGGUGAAGCUCCAGUAGGGGUGGAAGCAGAUUUGAUUGAUGUUGAUAAUGGAGAUAAGAAAGGUGGACCUGGUGAAGGUGGUGGUGGAGGAUUUACAGCACCCACUGCAGGCUUUAUGCCAAUGGUAAUGCCUACACCAUCUGUACCAUUCUCAUACCCUCAGAGAAAAGGACCUGAUAAUUUUAAUGGUUUUCCAGUCGACACGUAUCAGCCAUUCAACAGCUUCCAACCACCAAACAUUGGAGGUAAUCCACCUCCAAUACCAACACAGCCACCAACAUAUGAAUCUAUUGAUGAUGUUACCAGUACUGACACUCAUUUGCCUUCUUCCAAGCUUCCUGGUCCUUCAGCACCAACUGCUGCACCUCGAAAGAUGCUUGGACCUGCCCCUCCUGCUGCUCCUGGCCCAAGCGACUUUAUUUAUGAUAACUCAACACUACCAGAGUUGCCCUCUGUGCCUGACACCUUACCUGCAGCAUCUGUGGGUGGCACUUCUACAGCUUCAGAGGAUAUUGAUUUUGAUGAUCUCUCUCGUAGAUUUGAGGACUUGAAGAAAAAAACUUAACUUUCUUAAUGAUCUUUUAAUUUUCAGAUUCAUUCUAAAUUCACCAGUGUAUAUCUGCUAGAACCUGAAAGCUUUAUAAUGGAACCAGAUGCUGUGUAUGCUGGAAUGUUAACACUCAAACAUUUUUGGCUUUCUUUCAGUUGAUGCUAUACUGUACUUUCAGAUAUUCUAUCAGGUUGCUGUUUAUACUUAGGGGGGACUUACUGAACUAAAUGGGUGCAAUGGUUUGUUUUGGCUAUGGCUUCAUAUUUCAGUCUAUACUUGGUUGAAAUCUACUCUCACUCUCACAUUGAGCAGGACUGUUGGGGGCACUUGGAGACAGAACUGUACAUUGCAUUGACAGCUGCCAAUUGAGAUUGCCUUUAAUGUCAAACUUGCAUAAGAGAAAGCAAAAUGCUUAUCCUGACAAAGUAACACUUGGAAAUAUUCUUUUCAUGUAGCUAUUUAUGCAGUAUCUUGUACUCAAAAGAGUGGUUUCUAUUUAUUGGUGGGUAACCCUUGUACAAUUUAGUCUAAUUUAAACUUAAUCUGUCAUAAAGUUUCUAUCACUGUCAUGUUAUCUCUGCCUUUUUAAAAAUUAACUUAGAGAAUUUUUAGCACUUUAAUUAUUAUACUUAAUAUCUAUGAAAUAACUCUAAUAGAUAGCAAUUGCAUUUUCUGAACAUAGUUUCCUUAAUCAACAAAAAAAUUCUAAGAUAUUUUCUGAUUUAGGUUGCAUAGAUUAUACUUCUGGCCAUUUUAAAAUUGACCUAGGUGGUCUGAGAAAACUUUUAUUGCAGUAGUAUGUGCUAAUUUUGGAUUGAGUACUGAAAUCUAAUGAUUUGCUCACCUGUCCUAUCAACAGUUAUUCAAAUCCCAUUCUCUUUUCGUGAACCUCCUAUAUAGUACAAAUAUGCAAAACCAUCAAAUCAUUGUUUUUACUUACCAAUUAAUUCCUUAAUUAAUACAUAUAUUACUUUAUCACUUAAUGCUCUGAGAAUGGACUGUUUCAGUUGUGGCCAUCCCAUGCUAAUAGUCUGGAAAACCUACUGUGCUGCUUAUCCCUCUGCCCCAUCUGGGGGUGUCUAAGAAUGAAAUAUUCAGACAGUUUUACAACAGGUUUCUCAAUCUUAGUGGAGUAAACUUUGAAGUAACUCAUUGUUAGGAACUUGCAUCUAUGGCAGUGGUGUCACUGUUACUUGGAGUUCACAGUCUUUUUUUUGUUGUUGGGAAAUGUGUUAUACAGCAAGAUUACUGAAGACAAAAUGGAGAAAAUGCAUUACCUUGCAGAAACUGGCUGUUGGCUCCCAGACUCUCUUGCUUACUCCUGUAUUUCUCAAUAAUUCCACUAAUCAUAAGACUUGCAAUUUGGUAAAUGUCAUUGGACAUGACCUCAAAACCAGAUAAAUGGCAUAGUCUGAGAGAGAAAUGGCAUGGUGUCUGUGUAUUAAAGUGAUAAAUAUUCAAGGUUGGCAUGCAAAUUAAAGUGUCCUGAGCUUCCUACUUCCUGCACAGUCAUGCAUAUUCUGUUCUUUAAGUCAUCAAAGUAUUACUAAUGCAACAAACUCAUCCUUUACAUUAGUUUGAAAUGAUUGUUUAACUUGUAUAUUUUCUCUUCCAACUGGAAUGGUUUCUCAUAACUGCCAAUAGAAUUGGAUGAAGCAGCAAUAUUAAUGAACUCUGAUUUUCCAGAGUUAAUUUAAGCAUGCAUGCAUCACUGAUUGAUGUCAUAAUGUGUACAAGGCCUGGAUGCUGUAAAAUAGCCUUCAAACAGUGAGUAGCUAACCAGUAGUCAGGUGGCAGGCUCACUUAUUUACCAUCUACUGUUGAGUGGAAGUACUGAAUAGAUAAAAAUAAAUCAUUGUAACAGCUCCUUUAAUAAGUGCUCAUUAUUUUCUCUUCGUAAUGUGUUAAUUUGUUUUUCUGUAUCCUGAUUAUUCAUGAUAAAUGAUGCUUUGAAGGCCUUAUUAGUCUCUAACUUUACAAAAAUGUGUAGAUGGUGUACAUUAUUCUGUUUAUUAUGUUUAAACAUUACUAAAUAAAACAAAUAUAAAAAGCUGA